GACGCGCGCGGAAGCGCUCUGUGAGCCUUCGGAAGCUGCCGGAGCCGCGGAGAGUCAGCGGCCUCGGCCGGGCGCCCCGACGGGAGGGGCCCGGGAUCGCUCGGAGCUCGCUAACCCUCUGUGUGCCGCCGCCGCUGGCGGCCGCCUGAGUCAGAGCGCCAUGCCCCAACCCGGAGCGUGGCCGGGUGCCAGCUGCGCGGACACGCCGGCGCGAGAGGCGGGGGCGGCGGCGCGGGAGGGCAGGAAGGCGGCGGCCGGCGGGCUGCCGCGGCCCGGGAUGCAGAGUCCGGCCGAGCAUGAGGAGGACAUGUACCGUGCUGCAGAUGAAAUAGAAAAGGAGAAAGAAUUGCUUAUACAUGAAAGAGGGGCAUCAGAACCUAGAUUAAGUGUGGCUCCUGAAAUGGAUAUUAUGGACUACUGCAAAAAAGAAUGGAGGGGAAAUACGCAAAAAGCAACAUGUAUGAAGAAGGGCUAUGAGGAGGUGUCUCAAAGAUUCACUUCCAUAAGGCGAGUCCGUGGUGAUAAUUACUGUGCACUGAGGGCCACACUGUUCCAGGCCAUGAGCCAGGCAGCAGAGCUGCCCCCCUGGCUGCAGGACCCAGAGCUCAUGCUGUUACCAGAAAAACUUAUAAGCAAAUACAGCUGGAUCAAGCAGUGGAAACUCGGACUGAAAUUUGAUGGGAACAGUGAGGACCUCGUUGAUAAAAUUAAGGAGUCCCUUGCUCUGCUAAGGAAGAAGUGGACAGGCCUGGCUGAAAUGAGAACUGCUGAGGCAAGGCAGUUAGCUUGUGAUGAACUGUUCACAAAUGAAGAAGAGGAAUACUGCCUCUAUGAAGCUGUCAAAUUUCUUAUGCUAAACAGAGCUAUUGAACUAUAUGAUGAUAAAGAGAAAGGAAAAGAAGUACCAUUUUUCUCUGUGCUCCUGUUUGCUCGGGACACAUCAAAUGAUCCUGGACAGCUAUUGAGGAACCACCUAAACCAGGUGGGUCACACCGGUGGCCUUGAACAGGUUGAAAUGUUCCUCCUUGCCUAUGCCGUGCGCCACACCAUCCAGGUCUACCGGCUCUCCAAGUACAACACAGAAGAGUUCAUCACAGUCUACCCCACUGACCCACCCAAGGACUGGCCAGUGGUCACCCUGAUCGCUGAGGAUGACCGGCACUAUAACAUCCCUGUCAGAGUGUGUGAAGAGACGAGUCUGUGAGGGACGCCUGCCUGGACAGCCUAGUGACGUGAUGAAGGUGCACAGGCAGCUGCUGGGUUUGGACCUCAGGCCUGUAGGUCUCUAGGAACGAUCUGUGAGAACUCCUGGGUCCCUGGAUGCCAAGUGGGAAUAGGAUGUUCUGAAGACUAGCUUUUGAUAAUAAGAAUUAACCAAAUCUCUUUCAUCUGUUAUGCAGUAUGUUUCAAUGGGGGCCUUCAGUGCACACCUGUUGAAGGUGCGAACUGUAUCUUCUCCAUAAGACAAAUACUUUUGUAUCAGAGACUUAUUUUGGAGAAGAAUGUAUUCUUUAUGUCUCAAAUCAAAGUUCUCUUUAAUAGCAAAGUGGCUUUUAAUUUUUUUAAGACAGUAUUUUUUUGUUUGUUUGUGGUAAUGGGUUUCUGUAGUAAUCUUCCUAUUCAGGCUGCUCAAGUGGUAUAAUUCUGGGAUGGAUCUAUUAAUGGCACAGUCAUAACAUCCUCUGAUGGCCUCAUGUUAUUCUUCAGGAGGGAAGAGCAGUGGUUUGGAUUUACAUAUUUAUUAAGGCUUUUUUAAAGCAGAUUGUCUUGCAGAAGAUUGGGAGUUGGGUCUAAAAGUGGGUUAUUUCAAGGCCUUUUUGAAGGCUAGCUCAGCAUUAGGAGGGAGUAGUGAAAUGUCAUCUCACUACUAAGUUCUAAGUAAGUUAGAAAGUUCCCUUAGAACUUAGAACUUCUUACUCUGCAAGGCUAUGACAGAUAUCCAGUGUCCCCGGCAUACUGAAGUCUGGGGCUUGGUGCAGGUGCCCGUCAGCGUGGACGAACACUGCCUGCAGUUACACUUUGGUGUCAGGAGGUGUGAAUUAUUCUGAGGUUCCAUAGAUUCUUGUUGUAGUCAGAACAGAGUUUAUUCCACCUGUAUUUUAGAGGAGGAAAUUAGUAUUGACCUAAGUUUAGAGGUGGGGCUGAGCAGAAGCCUGGUUUUCCUGUGUCCUUUCAUGUUGUGCUGGAGAGCGCAUCCAUUGCCAAAUGCACCUCACACAUCUGGUGCAGGGAAUGAGAAACAGCAAACUAAGAUUUUUCCUGAGUAAGUUGAAGCAGAGGCUGAGCUGCCUGUGCCCUUGAAUGGUUUGGGAAACUGAGGGAGGCCACGUUCUUGGUUAUGAGCCAUUGCCUGCUCAGGACAGGCUGGGGUGGUGACGGGGUGGUGAGUAAGGGGUGCCCUGCUGAGCAAGGUCAGCCUAGGGCAUGAACCAGAGAUACCAGUUCUUAGGAUUCUCUGGGUAGCACUGGCUCAACAUUUGUGGCAGUGUGAAGUACUGAGCUUUCUUUUAUAAUUAAAAUAUUUUAUUUGGUUCAAUUUAAUAUAGUUUGUAAGCUAUCUAAUCUUUUAUGGGGGAGGGGCAAACGUUCUUUGAAAAUGUAAGUUUUGCUUUUAAUUAAAAAUUUAAGUCUUAGUUAAAGUUAAGAAAACUCAGGACGCACAAAACUAUUCAGACUGUUACUUUGGUAUUUUUCCCAUUACCUCGUUAGUCAUAUUCACCACAUUUUGCUAGAUAUUAAUUGAUUAAAAUGUUGGAAUCAAAUUCUGUUCUAAAUGUGUGUGAAUGCAUUAGAGAGGCUUUGUUUUCACUGUGAAAUGAGGUGCCUUAAAUAAGAAGGGACCUAAAAGCCAAAUUAAAGUAAUAAUAAUGACUUCUUA